AAUUAUUAUUUUAUUAAAAAAAUUACUAUUAUCCGGAGAGGAGAGUUUUCUUAGUUCAUGACUUCCCGUCCUUUUCAGCAUAUUUGAUUCGACUGUGAGUUUCUCUUCUUUCUGUCCUCUCACCCUUUUUUUUUCUGUCGGGACUGAUAACUGCAGUUGCUGAAGUUUAGUAUGGAUUCCUCGGCUUCGCUGUUAAACAAGCUCAUGGGUGCGGAUCCAUUUUUCUUGUUAGCGGGUCCCAAUGUGAUUGAAUCUGAAGAUCACAUUCUAAGGAUGGCUGGCUACAUCAAGACUAUCACUACCAAACUUGGGUUGCCUUUGGUUUUCAAAUCAAGCUUUGAUAAAGCUAACCGAACAUCAUCAAAAUCAUUUCGGGGUCCUGGAAUGGCUGAAGGCUUGCAGAUCCUUGAGAAAGUUAAAGUAGCAUAUGACAUUCCAAUUGUAACUGAUGUCCAUGAAACUAUUCAGUGUGAAGCAGUUGGAAGAGUCGCUGAUGUUAUUCAGAUUCCAGCAUUCUUAUGUCGUCAGACGGAUCUUCUAGUUGAGGCGGCCAAGACUGGAAGAAUUAUCAAUAUUAAAAAAGGCCAGUUCUGUGCUCCUUCUGUUAUGGUAAAUUCUGCUGAGAAGAUUAGAUUGGCUGGGAAUCCGAAUGUGAUGGUUUGUGAAAGAGGCACCAUGUUUGGCUAUAAUGAUCUUAUUGUUGAUCCACGUAACUUGGAGUGGAUGAGGGAAGCGAAUUGUCCUGUUGUUGCUGAUAUCACACAUUCACUGCAACAGCCAGCUGGAAGAAAGUUGGAUGGUGGAGGUGUAGCCAGUGGAGGUUUCCGUGAACUCAUACCAUGCAUUGCAAGAACUGCAGUUGCUGUUGGAGUGGACGGAAUUUUCAUGGAGGUGCAUGAUAAUCCAUUAAAUGCACCGGUUGAUGGUCCGACUCAAUGGCCACUGCGCCAUUUGGAGGAACUUCUGGAAGAGCUAAUUGCAAUAGCUGGAGUAAGCAAAGGGAAGAAACGCUUCAACAUUGAUCUCACACCCUAUUCAGGUUAGGAAGAUUCCAAGAGUUGUUCGAGUGGAUAAGCAGGUGAUUGUUUACCGUUAAAGCACGUUUAAGUAGAAACAGCGGUUGAUUCUUGAAUUUUUCAUUGUUAGUAGGCUGUGUAUGGUAUCCAGGAUUUUAGCCCCAUUUGUGAUGGAAACUUUCCUACUCUAUUUAUCUAUGGAGGAGCAGUCAUGUGUUGUUACCGCAAGUUUUUUCUUUUCUUUGUUUAUUUUUAUAUUGGGAUGGGGAAUGAGGCUACUUGGAAUUGAACACAACUUUCCAUACCUACAAAAUAAUACUUCGUCAUUAGGUUUCUUUGUAUGGCUUAAAUAUGGCUAUUGUAAUUUAUUUUCUAAAAGAUUAUGAUUAGUAAUUAAAUCCUAUUUUGCAA